AUGUCGAUAAACCAAAAAUUAUAUUUCAAAAUCAAUAUGGCCUAAUUUCAAUUCACUCGCAGUCUUUCAGUGAAUAAAGUCCUACUUUCAAUAUCCAAAAUAAUUAUGCAGUAUUUAUCAGUAUUAAUCGUAGUUUUUUGGCAUAUUUUUUGUGUCGACCAAAGUAGAUCAGAAAAUGCGUUAAUUUUCAAUCUAAGAACCAAGAGUCUCGUAGACCCGAGACAUUUCAAGCAAACCCCCAGCACUCCUCCCAUUUUCACCGCUUGUUUAGCAUCGACACCUGCAGAAAAACUAUUCAAUGAAAAAGUUUCCAUCACUCAGAACAGCGUGUUUUUGAGAGACAUUCACAAAGAACACGAAAAUCCGAAAUAUAUUUCGCUGGAUGUUUGUAAUGAAACGGCGAAGCCUGCGACGGUCUACAAUUCGAGGAAAGAUGAGUAUUCGAUUGGUUAUGAGCUGUAUUACGAAGAAGGAAAAAUCACAAUGGGUGAAAGUGAAGAUUAUGAGAGCUUGGGACCGGUACACACUGAUGACAAUACAUUCAGUCGUAAACUACAACGAGAUUUAUUUGCAACAAAAUUGAACACUUUUAGACAAACCAAAUUCAAGCUCGUCAAUGGAUCUUCUACAUGGAUUUUUCAUUGGAUACCCGUUUUGUCAAUUUCGUCCUCAUCAAACAACCGAAAACGUAUCUACUUCAAAGACGUUGAAACAGUUAAAACUACAACAGAUCAUCUAGUAGAUAAAUGCGAAGAUUACAACACUAAUACGAGUGAAAAUGUCGAUUUUUUCUACUCAGAGGAAAACCAAAUUGCAAGUUUGAAGGAUAUUUCAACCGAAGCACUUGAAUCGAAAAACGAUUCUAAAAAUACUACAUUAUCACCUGAAUCGAAAAACGAUACUAAAAAUACUACGUUAUCACCUGAAUCGGAAAACAAUACUGAAAAUACUACAUUAUCACCUGAAUCGAAAAAUGAUACUAUAAAUACUACAUUAUCACCCGAAUCGAAAAACGAUACUGAAAAUACUACAUCAUCACCUGAAUCCAAAAACGAUACUAAAAAUACUACAUUACCUUGUGGAAACCCUUACGGUUGCUUGGAAAAACGACAAAUAAUACCUUUAUGGUAUUUUAAUUCGAGCUCAGCCAAAUUAGCAAGUUGCACUGGCGCUAAUUUUGUCCCAAUUUGGAAAACUAUCGCGAAUGGACAGCUGAUCAAAGUUGAUCAAUAUAUCUACGCGUUAACUCGAUACGUAAUAAAUCAACUAAAAGGAGACGGAGAAAUAUUCUUCGGCGUCUCCGGCAUACUAAAGAUGAACAAAACGAUCAACAACAACGAAUCUCAACCGCAAGAAAUACAUUUAUCCGACUCCAAUAACCAAUCAUUCGUACCGGUCCCCAAAAUAAUCUACCGAAUCGUCCAUUGCGCCGUAUGCGUUUGGGAAAAAGCAGCCAUCAUCAUUCACAACGAUCCCACUGCUUCAGAUUCUGAUAGACUUUGUCCAGAAAGCACCGAACUCAAAGGCUGGGAAAAGAUACAAAACAACAAUUCUGCAACUGGACUAACGUACGUCUGUCGUGUCACCAGGAGAAUCGAUGAUGCGUUAGGAUCGCGAUCUUGCAAAAAUGCAGAAUUCUUCGAAGCAGGAGGGCUUAAUUUGAAUGAUUUUCCAUACGAGUGGCAACAAGACAAACAAGAACAAAUGCAAAUGGAUUACAAUUGGAUACCUGGCAAAAUAGAGCAACAUGCGGAUGUCAGGUUUCGUGUGAAUAAAGAAUGCGAUACUUUGUUCGAUACGACAUAUUGUAUGCCUAGCUAUUAAAAUUUUCAACUUUUUUCCAAUUGGAAAAUUAUGCGAGGAAAACUGCGGGCAAAAAUUUCUUGAAUUGGGUCGAAACUGGAAAGAAUGGCGAUGAGGUGAAAAAAACUGGUUUGAUGUUUUUUCCGAUCCAUUUUUCAAAUAAAUUGUCAUAAUUUAA